UCUUUAACCCCGCCCCUUAGCUGCUAUCCUAGCCGAAGCUUCGGGAGUGCUGUAAAAGAUUGGAGGACGCUCAUUUCUGUGUUGUUCUGUAGUGCCACCGCUUUCGCUGCGGACAUGGCUUCUGAUGGCUUGGAUGAGCGAUCUCCGCUGCUGUCAGAACCAAAAUCCGGGAAUGUCACACCUACAGCUCCUCCAUACCUAGGAGACACCAGUCCCAGAGCUGAGCUCCCUCCCCCGUACACAGCAAUCGCCAGUCCAGAUGCAGGGGGCGUGCCUGUGAUUAAUUGCCGGGUGUGUCAGUCUCUCAUUAACCUGGAUGGAAAGCUCCACCAGCACGUGGUCAAGUGCACCAUCUGCAAUGAAGCCACGCCCAUCAAAAACCCACCCACUGGAAAAAAGUAUGUGAGAUGUCCUUGUAAUUGCUUGCUAAUUUGUAAAGACACAUCCCGGAGGAUAGGAUGUCCGAGGCCCAACUGCAGACGUGUCAUCAACUUGAGUCCUGUGAUGGUGAUCCCAGAGGAGCAGCCAGCCCAGCCAGCCCUGCCCAUCCAGCCUGAGGGCAUGCGUGUUGUCUGUGGACACUGUGGGAACACAUUCCUGUGGAUGGAGCUCAGAUUUAACACAUUGGCCAAGUGUCCACACUGCAAAAAAAUAUCUUCCGUUGGCAGUGCCCUCCCACGAAGGCGCUGUUGUGCCUACAUCACUGUUGGCAUGAUCUGCAUCUUCAUUGGUGUUGGCUUAACUGUGGGAACCCAGGACUUUGCAAGACGUUACCACGCCACUUACGUGUCUUGGGCUUUUGCAUAUCUCCUGGGUCUGAUCUGUCUGGUACGGGCCUGUUACUGGGGAGUCAUUAAAGUUAGCUAUCCGGAAAACAGCUUUGCAUAGACUGCAUGUCUGUCAAGCACAGGCAAUCGUGUAUUGUUCAUUUUAUUUGGAUUCUGCUUAGGGUCUGCCUAUGCUGGUCUUCAAGACAGCAGUCUUGAUCCUGAUUUAAAUAAUGAAAUCAAUACAGCAAUUCUGUAAU